GCAAGGUUUAUCCACACAGGGAUUAAUGAAUGUCCAUUUUUGUUUGAUCGCAGAUUAAUUUCGUUAUUAGUCACGUAGUUACUUGAUUCAUUUGUUGAGUCAGUGGUGUCCACUAGAAAAGCACACCUGACUUAAGGUCACAUGAAUCACUCAUGAUUGGACAAUCAAAAUUACAAAAUCAUUUUUAAUAAAAUCUCAUUUUCUGUCCCCAUUUUUUUUUUUUGUUUUUAUCCCCCUCAUGGCAUCCAUGCAGCAGCAUCUUCCUCCUCCAUCCUUAUAUGUACCCAUUAGGCCAUUCCACAACCCAUCUCCGCCGCCACCACCACCAAGUAGUAGUCCAAGAAAUGAAGAUUUUCACUUCUCUGGAAUGGGUUAUCCUCCUCCCCCUCAUCAUUUUCAUCACUUUCAAUCAUUCCAGUGCAACUCAAACCCAACCCAUCUCAGAAAUACCAACACUUGAUCAGCUCCCAUUGACAAUUGUUCAAUGGUGGAUGCAAACUCACCAGAACACCCAACUGAGAUUAACAGGCCCUGCGGUGAUAGCAGGGGUGCUCUGUUUCGUCGCGGCCGCGAUAUCGUGUGCUGGCGGGAUUGGUGGGGGUGGGUUGUUCAUACCCAUACUUACCAUAGUGGCUGGUUUAGACCUCAAAACAGCCUCGAGUUUUUCGGCUUUCAUGGUCACGGGAGGGUCGAUUGCCAAUGUUAUCUGCCACAUGUUUGUGAAAAGUCCAAAGUCAGGGGGAAAGAGUUUGAUAGACUAUGAUAUAGCACUUCUAUCAGAGCCAUGUAUGUUACUAGGGGUGAGCGUUGGAGUGAUUUGCAAUCUUGUGUUCCCAGAAUGGCUUAUUACUAUACUUUUUGCAGUUUUUCUUGCUUGGUCAACGUUUAAGACAUGUAAAUCCGGGGUGGUGUAUUGGAAAAUGGAAUCAGAAGAGGGGAGGAGAAGUGGGUUUGGAGAAUUAGGAAGUGGGUUGGUGAGAGAUGGGAUUUGUGGUGGAAAAGAUGGAGUUAACAGCACCAAUGAGCCUCUUUUGUGCAAGGGGUUGGAGGACUGCAAUUUGGGCAUUCCAUGGAUGAAACUUGGAGUUUUGGUUAUGGUUUGGUUUUCUUUCUUUCUUCUGUAUCUUCUUCGUGGCAACCGAUAUGGACAGAGUAUAAUACCAAUGGAGCCUUGUGGAGUAGGAUAUUGGAUUCUUUCAGCAUUCCAAGUUCCUCUUGCAUUAACUUUUACUACAUGGAUUUUGUACAGAAGAGAAAGCCUACGUGAUCAACCUUUACCCCAGCAGGAAAAGAGAGAACCAAGCAUGCUCAUUUUCCCUAUGAUGGCUCUAUUAGCAGGGAUGUUGGGUGGAGUAUUUGGAAUAGGCGGCGGAAUGCUCAUAAGCCCACUUCUCCUUCAAGUUGGAAUAGCACCAGAAGUGACGGCUGCGACUUGUUCGUUCAUGGUGUUCUUCUCAGCUACAAUGUCAGCAAUUCAGUACUUACUAUUGGGAAUGGAGCACAUAUACGUAGCUCUAGGCUUCGCUUUCCUUUGUUUUGUCGCAUCGCUUAUUGGGUUGAAGGUAGUACAUAGUGCAGUGGAAAAGCAUGGGAGGGCAUCCCUCAUUGUGUUCUCAGUUAGUACUGUGAUGGCUCUUAGCGCUGUUCUGAUAACCAGUUUUGGAGCUCUUCAUGUUUGGAGAGACUAUACAAGUGGGAGAUACAUGGGUUUCAAAACACCAUGUUGAAAAACAAAAACAAAAUCCGAGAGUAAAUCUAUUUUUGGUUUCAAGGCGUGUAAAACCUUAUGCCAAAGAUUUCUUGCGAAUCCAAGGCACAUGAGAGAACUCAUGGGGAGAAGACUGAUGAAGAGUUUUUUAAGGAAAAAAAAAAUCACAGGGUCCGAUGUGUGAGUUCGUUUAUUCAAAGAUUGCAUUUUGCAUAAUCUAUUUACAAAGAAUAACAAUUUUCAAACAUUUUAUUGAAA